GAGGUGGGGAACAUGGCCGUGAGGUUCCUGUGGGCGGUCCGGCGGCGGAUGCAGCCCCUCCUGGCCUCGAGUGGCGCGUCAGAUGGCAGGGGAUGGCUGCAUCCUUUCAGCACUGCCACCCAGAGAACCGCUGGUGAAGACUGCAGUUCUGAGGACCCUCCUGAUGAACUUGGGCCCUCUCUUGCAGAACGAGCCUUAAAGCUAAAAGCUGUUAAACUGGAGAAGGAAGUCCAGGAUUUAACAGUGAGAUACCAGAGAGCUAUAGCUGAUGGUGAAAAUAUAAGAAGGCGAACCCAGAGAUGUGUAGAAGAUGCCAAGAUAUUUGGAAUUCAGAGUUUCUGUAAGGAUUUGGUGGAGGUGGCAGACAUUUUGGAGAAGACUACAGAGUGUAUUUCUGAAGAAACAGAGCCUGGGGACCAGAAGCUCACUCUGGAGAAGAUCUUCCGAGGCUUGUCACUUUUAGAAACAAAGCUGAAAAGCGUGUUUGCCAAACAUGGCCUGGAGAAGAUGACACCCAUUGGUGACAAAUAUGACCCUCAUGAGCAUGAACUCAUCUGUCAUGUGCCAGCUGGUGUUGGGGUGCAGCCUGGCACUGUGGCAUUAGUAAGGCAGGAUGGCUACAAGCUUCAUGGCCGCACCAUUAGACUUGCCCAGGUGGAAGUGGCAGUGGAGUCUCAGAGAAGACUAUGA